CAAGCGUCAGCUGAGCUCUGCUGUCACCUGGAAGGCACGCAUUUGUGUAUCCAUGCAAGCCGGCUAGUUGUUUAGACACGAAAUGAUCAUAGAUUCCAUUCACUAGGAAUCUAUAGGAGGUAGUUAGGGAUUUCUUUUAAAAAAUAAAGCCGGAUCGAAAGGAUUCUACGACCUUUUUCGGCAAAUGGGUUGGUAAUUGUACAGCUGCAACAACUUGACGUGCUUGUGUGGAAGAGGGAAUUAUAGCAACAUAUUUUUCGGAUGGAAGCUUGUUAGCUAGCAAGCUAUAGAUGGCUGCUUGUAAGUGCGUGGGCUGCACAGCUAAGCGGAACCGUUUGAGCUUGUAAUAUCUGUUUAGCUCGUCAAACCGAUGGCGUGCCUAUCCUAGUUACAGCGUAGAAAAACAUAUGUAGGGUCGGCUAGCUUGCUAGCUAGCUAAUGACGAUACAUCUAGCUCAAUAGUUAUGUCGAGUAGUUUUUCAAAUCAGACGUCUUUGCUAAGCAGCUCUCCACAGAGCCCCGAGAAGAGGGUUUUGUCUGUCAGCAACAACAACAGAGACUGGGAUUUGGAAAACGAUGUAUUUGUUUGCUGUUAUGAAGAGCCCAUGGGCGAAACGAUGCAGCCAGGUCUGGACAGGCACCUGCCGUUGUUGCGAGGUCACCAUCGGGUUCCUCCAGACGGCAUGAUACUGGGCCUAGAGGAGGCUUACCCCGGAUGUCACAACAACCGGAGUCCUCCAGAAACCUACCUAGACCCCAGUGCUCAGGAUUUCAGUGAAAAUGGCCGGAAAGUUGUCCCUGUGCUGGAAAGCAGAAAGAGGACUCGGUCCAGCAGUUCAAGGCACCGAUACAACGAGAUUGUCACCGAAUUGGGACCAGAAGAGGUGCGUUGGUUUUAUAAAGAGGACAAAAAAAACUGGAAGCCUUUCGUUGGGCACGACUCUCUGAAAAUUGAGGUUAUGUUCCGUAAAUUCUGCGAAUUAAACCCUGGCACAAUCAAGCGUCAGGGCUCUCUGGGGACGGAUGAAGGUUAUGAAGAAGAGAAUACAAGUGGGCUGGACGCGACUACUCCAGGAUCAAACGGAAUGGAGCGAACAGGACCUGUGUCGGAUCCGAGAACUGGGAUGCAUAGGGACCGGGGUUUGAUAGUGAGAACAGAGGCAACAGAAGGAAGAGACAUAGAUUUAAUUAACAUUAACGUAGAAGCUGUAUGUGUCAGGGGUGGGUUGUAUGAAGUGGACGUCAAAGAAAGGGAAUGUUAUCCUGUGUACUGGAAUCAGCAGGAAAGCAUCCUGGUUAUGAGGGGCCAGUGGUUCAUCGACGGCAGCUGGCUCCCAUUGGAGGAGGAUGAGAGUGACCUCAUUGAGCUGGAACACCUGACCCGUUUUCGUGGGCAACAGAUGCAGGACAGCUUCGAUUCUGACUCCGUAAUGGCCAAGACGGUCGACAGCAAAGAUGUUCUCUCCCAUCUGCCCCCUUUCUACCUCCCCUUUCUGUUCAAAUGGAGUGGAUAUCAUCCGAGUGCCACACCUAAAUGUCUCAAGCGCAAGCGCUGCUCAGCUGUCCACAGUCUGAAGCUGAGUCGCACCCAUGUGGACUGGCACGGUGUGGAUGAGGUCUACCUCUACAGCGACGCCACCACCUCCAAGAUCGCCCGCACCGUCACCCAGAAGCUGGGCUUCUCCAAAGCCUCCAGCAGUGGCACACGGCUCCACCGGGGCUACGUGGAGGAGGCGUCCCUGGAGGACAAGCCCCCCGAGACCACGCACAUCGUCUUUGUAGUCCACGGAAUCGGACAGAAGAUGGACACGGGACGCAUCAUCAAGAACACUGGCAUGUUAAGGGAGGGAGUACGGAAGAUGGAGGAAAAGCACUUUUCGGAGCACACAGAGGAGCAUGUCGAGUUCUUGCCUGUUGAGUGGAGGUCUAAAUUGGCGCUGGAUGGGGAUACGGUGGACUCCAUUACCCCAGACAAGGUGCGAGGACUAAGAGACCUCCUCAACAGCAGUGCCAUGGAUAUCAUGUACUACACCAGCCCCUUGUACAGGGAUGAGAUUACCAAGGGCCUGACGUCAGAGCUGAACCGCCUCUACACCCUGUUCUGCUCCAGGAACCCGGAGUUUGAGGCAAAGGGGGGCAAGGUUUCCAUCGUGUCUCACUCCCUGGGCUGUGUCAUUACCUUCGACAUCAUGACAGGCUGGGACCCGGUGAGGUUCUGUCUGCAGGAGCACCAGGAACUGGAGGAGGAGCUGGACCUGAGAUGGGUCUCCUAUGAGGAGAGGCGACUGCUAGAGCAACUGCAGCUCACCAGGAACAGACUACGAGAACUGGAGGACCAGCUUCAAGGUCUGGAGGCCACCAAACCACUAGCACCCCCUGCCCUAAAAUUUAAGGUGGAGAACUUCUUCUGUAUGGGCUCUCCCCUGGCCGUGUUCCUUGCCCUGAGGGGGAUACGACCCGGGAACAGUGGAGAACAGGAUCACAUCCUGCCCCGCACCAUCUGUCAGAGACUUUUCAAUGUUUUCCACCCCACAGACCCAGUGGCCUACAGACUGGAGCCCCUCAUCCUUAAACACUACAGCAACAUCGCACCUGUCCAGAUACACUGGUGUAGCGCCAUCAAUCCCACGGCGUACGAUGAGAUCCGGCCCACGUUCAUCAACCCGCAGAAGGACCCAACGUCAGACACCGAAAGCAUCCCGAGCCCCUCAACGUCCCCUGUCCUGGCCAGGAAGUACUACGGAGAGUCUAUCGCCAGCAUGGGCAAGGCCAGUAUAUUAGGAGCAGCCAGUAUAGGUAACAGUAUAGGGAAGGGGAUAGGAGGCAUCCUGUUCUCACGGUUCUCCCGCUCUGCACCCUCCGGAGUGUCCUGUGCUAUUGAAGCCGGGACUCCAGAAGGGGAGGAGACAAAGAGAACCGUCGACAGCCAAUCGGCUUAUGGCCUUUCAACCACCUUGUCCCAGUCUAACCUAAUAGACCCUUCUGUGGAAUUGGAGCGUCGUAUCGACUUUGAACUCCGUGAGGGCCUCGUGGAGAGUCGCUACUGGUCAGCGGUGACCUCGCAUACAGCCUACUGGGUCUCGCACGAUAUCGCACUCUUCCUGCUGACGUUCAUAUACAAGCAGACCAAUGUGCCCCCACACACAGAAGACUGUCCUGACCCAGAGUAACAAAGAGUUUGUGUACACACAUAGUUUUCAUCGCCCAAUACUACUCCAAUGUCUGUAACUAUACUGACUGCCCCUACUAACACACACAGACCUUUUACUUGUUAAGGAUGGACACUCACUCCAAAGGUGAUGCAUUUUAGUCAUGGCCCCCUAGGGGAGCGUGACCAGUCCCAGUGCAUGCUUAAUACUGCAUGGGAACAUAGUAGAGAUCUCCUAUAUGUAUCCCAGCUAGUCCAGAUGCCAAUGAGUAAGUCAGAGAUUCCAUCGCAUGUUACCAAGGAGGUCUUCACAAAGACCUGUCUGAAACCGUUACCCUCCAAUUUCCCCAAUGUGUAGCCACAGUGUUUCACCCCAACCCAAAGCUCUCGUCCACGGACUCUCUAUGGAGCUGUGGAGUGCACAAGUUAUCAUGGAGCCCUUAGUAACCUCACCUUGUCAUCUCCGGUCCGUAUCUUCUGAACUCUGUUUCCAUUAACAGGGACCCGAGGUGGAUUUUGCAUCAUAAAAUAAUGAAUGGAAAGAAAUGUAAUUGAUGUUCCUUAGGCUCAAAACGGAUGUUACUAUCUGAGCAAAAUCAAUGCAACUUUGAAAGGGUUCUAAAAGAUAUUUAUAUAAUAGAAUGUUUAUAUAUUGACCGAAGAAGAUAAUCUUUUUUUUCUUUUGAAAUUAGGAGAAAAAGGAAGACGAUAAUCUUAUCUCUGCUUUUUAUAUUGAUAUUCCAAAAGGACACUGUACUUUGAUUUAGUGUCCCUUUUUAUUACCGUUUGACCAUCGAGUGACUUAAAAAGAAGUAUCAAUCGACAGUAGUGAACAUGAUCUUCACAAAUAUCCUCAAAGCCAUUUUCUGUUGUUCUUUUUAACAAAGUGACAAGAUAACUUGACACAACAUUACCUUAAGUCUUUGGUUUCAGUAACUAAAUGGUGCUGUGUGGUCAAAAACAAUAUUUCAGGUGAAAACUGCUUCACUUUCACUUGACGUUAAGAUGACGUUCGCACAAUGUCAGCAGGACAUCGAAGUGACACAGAUGUAUGUUUAGUGAAAGUCGAGCUUGAUGAGACGUUUUCCCUGUAGGCAGUAACUGUUGUCCAGUAAAUUACAUUAUACAUUUUGUUUCAUGUUUUAGUCCUCCAGAAGCCAAGUAGAUCUGAAAUGUAACCUCCCAUUUUAUUUCACAAAUUUGCUUUUCAUUCUAACCAAAACACAAAAUCAGCUCAGUACUCAGAUGGAUAGUCUGAUCAGAUCCUCUGGAUGCAUUUCAAAAGAAAGAUUGUCAAUGCUUCAUUCUGUUGUUGGACAGAGGAGCUGUCACUUAAGAGGUUUGUGCCUGUUGAAACUCUCCUGAAAAACCUUUGAAAGGUUAUAAAUGGGAAGUGACAUACAGGCAAUAAAAUGUUUAAUAUAUUGAUCAAAUUGAAACCUAGAGAAUUUAUUUUUCAUUACAAAUCUUUUUAGUGUAAAUGUAGGUCCCUUAAAAGAUAAUUUCAUCUUUUUUUACGUGAUGUUACAUGUUUGUUCCACAACUUGUCAGGGUGUGGAGUCAUCACACAUCAAGUUAAAAAAAAUGUUUUAAUUGUCCUUUUAGGGAACCGUGAAUCCGGCUGGUGGCCAAACAUAUCUAAAUGUUAUUGGGUUAUUCAAGUCAGCAUCACUCUAAGUUGCUAAGCUAGUUUGAAAAGAGCAUGUUAAAAUACAAGAGCAUUUUCCUCUAGUUAAGGGCUUUGAGUCAGAGUUUUCUAGCAUUAGUGACUUUUCAAGCACAAUAAUGCUAUGUUAAACAAGCUUAGUAGAUUUGUUUAUGGCUCACAAAUUGAAACAUGAUGCCUGAAUGACUUUGCAUCCCAUCUUGUUAUAAAUGUAAACAUGUCUCAUCUGGAUUAUUGCGUAGUGCCAAUACAUGUCUAAAAUCUUGAAGCUGCAUUCAGAUGGUCUGGCAAUGGUUACUUUUCAAAGAAUUCCACACAGCAUGUUUAUAAAAUAACCAUUUUCUGAGAUGCUAGAGAUGCAGGAUAAUAAAAUGGAACUAACCUCAUUAAUGUGUGCCGCUGACUGCACAAGUUCGCUGCUCGCCUGUAUACGUUGUCUUUAGAAUAUGUCAGUUGACAUUUCUAACAAUUUUUAUGGAACAUACUCGUCCUAGCUUCCCAGAGCUUAGAGCGAUGGUCUUGUAGUCCAUUUUAGUAAUUUUUAGGGCACUUACUUUGGAUAAUUUCAGAUGUGUGCAUGUGAGAGUGGGGCCCAUUUUGUGAAGCAGACUAGGUCCAGCCUGAUGGCGGACCAGAGAACAGCUGUUGAAGCCAUGGGCAAUAAGGAGAAAUGACCUAGAGAUUACCUGGGGUUGUUCACAUUGAAUUAUAAUGGUUGACCAAUAUAAAUGGAAUUAAUAGAAUGUGUAUUAUCAUCAUUCAAGUCUAUGAUGGCAUAAAGGGUGAACUGGAUGCAGCAAAUGUCUCCAUUAAUUUUGAUGAAAUUACAACAAAUUCAUUCCCUUGCAAUUUUAAUAAACAGUCUCCGUUACCUUGAAGAUUACUCUACCAGACAGUCAUAUCGAACGUACCUAAAAGUUUGCCAGUCAUCAUUUCCGAGGUCAGAAGUUUCAAGUGAAAUCUGUUCAUUGUUAUUUCUAUGGACAAACUUUGCACAAUUUCAGUGGCUGUAAAUGGCACAGGACCACUUUCGAAAUGACUCUUUUUGCUUUUGCCUGUUUUUGUUAAAUGUCAUUUUGUGGUUUGUGUUUAAGUUCUAAAUAAAUUAGGUCGCUCUCACAAGGAAAUCUCAUUCAAUACAGACAAGCACAGAAUUUCUAAAAUGUUGGGAAAUAUUUUAAUGCAGAGAAAAAUUGUUUAAAUGAUGCGCUGUGCACGUUCAGUUAUUUUUUUCUGUUUGGAUAACGGUCUUGGGACUCUGUUGUUAGAGUCGUUUCACAAACCUCAGGGAUAUGUCUCGUUAUAUUGUCACACCAUUCAUCUCGGCUCUGAGCAUCUCUUGAAGGCACGGGGAAGUCCAAAAGUAGCAAGCUGGUAUAACCCAGCAUCAACUCCCCUUGUAAAACCAGUUAUGUUCAGUAGAGCAUACCGUUUCAAAAUGUUUUGCAAUGGAAAAUUGUUAUCUUAUUGGACAAGUUCAGGUACUACCUCCCUGUUUUACUCAGUAAGAAAACACUUCCCACCUACUGACAUGGGCCUGGGCUCUUGUCUUUCAGAUUAUGUCCAGAUAAUGUGAUGUUAUCAUCUGGGAAUGUUUGCAUUGACUGGGUCAAGUGUGUGAAAAAACUAAUUUUUGAUUUGACUGUUACUUGAAAAUGUUGUUACUUUGACUUCAAAAGGAUUUCUGCUGGUGUGACUGUGAGCUUGUAAUAACCUGCCCUGCCUGUAAUAGAUUCAAACUGCCAUCCGAAACACUGCAUUUAUUUCCUUUUAUUAAAAAUAAUUUUGCAAUACAA